UUCUGUUAUAUUGCUCUACCCCUCACUUGGGCACCUUGAGCUGCCCUCUCUCUCUCUCUCUCUUGCUGUUAGAAGAAGAAGUUGAAUAUCAGAAAGAAGAAUGAGGAAACCUUGCUGUGAGAAGAAAAAGACGAACAAAGGAGCAUGGUCCAAGCAAGAAGAUGAGAAGCUCACUCAAUAUAUUCAAAAACACGGGGAAGGUAGCUGGCGCUCCCUACCACUGGCUGCAGGCUUGCAUCGGUGUGGAAAGAGUUGCAGACUCAGAUGGGUAAAUUAUCUAAGGCCAGACUUGAAACGUGGCAACUUUGGUGAGGAUGAAGAGGACCUUAUCAUAAAGCUCCAUGCACUUCUUGGAAACAGGUGGUCAUUAAUUGCUGGAAGAUUGCCCGGACGGACUGACAAUGAAGUGAAGAAUUACUGGAACACUCAUCUAAGGAGAAAACUAAUACAGAUGGGAGUUGACCCAAAUAACCAUCGGAUAGGGCACAAUUUUGGCCAUACUAAAUCAUUUGGCUCCAGGAUUAAUACAAAUGAUCAGCCAAGUGUAAAUUCUCACUCUUCUGAUGAUCCAUUGUUAGAUUCUACAAGUGAACCCGAAAGCAACACAAGCUGCAGUGCUUUGCCUGACCUCAAUCUUGAUCUCACAAUAGGCCUUCCAAUUUCAUUGGGAUAUUGAUAUUAGUACUAAUCCUUCAAACAUUUUGUACAAGGCUUGGUUAUGAUUUUAUUAUUUCCUGCCACGUAUUGCUGGGAAAGAAUAUUGUCAUAGCUGAGAGCUAGAGACAAAUUUAGAUAGCUUCGUUAUGCUAGUAUGAACCCUAAACUAGAAUUUUGGGUUUGAAUUAGUUAGUUUAUGUAAAUGGAGACUGGAGAAAAAGAAUGUGAUAAUUAGUUGGGUGCGUUUAUGCUAA